UUCCUGUGACGAUUCACGAACCCGGAUCUGCCGCCAAAGAGCCACUCAUAUUUUCAAACGUUGAAUUUCGGACAUAUUUGUCCGCGAUUUUAGUAGCUAAUUACUUACUUUUUAUUUACACAUGCAUAUUUUCAUAAUGGCUUAUGACGCUCCAUGGCUUUUUUUGAGUAACAAAUGAGAUUGUUAUUGUUGGCGGAAACUAUAAUUCAACAUCAGUGGUCAGAUCCUCAGGAUGGAAAAUGGCAGUCUAUCCAGCAAAGGAGGAGAAGGACUCCUCUCCAGAAUGGCCCUCAAUGACAACAAAGCUGGUAUGCAGGGUCUUGACAGAGACAAAAUCAACAAGAUCAUCAUGGAGUCAUCAAAGGGAUCCAAGUUUUAUGAGAAUGAGCUGAGGAGAGAGGAGCAGGUGAACCAGCGCAUUGAAAAAAUGAUGCUUCAAAAAGCACAAAUCACAGAGCAACAGUUAAAGAAAGCGCAAGCUCACGUGGAAAGGAUGGUCUCUGAGCUGGAGAAGAGGCGCGAUCUAAGCCGUGUGAUUGUGCACGUGGACAUGGACGCUUUCUACGCUGCGGUGGAGACCAGAGACUGUCCUGAACUGAAGCACAAGCCUAUGGCUGUAGGAUCCAUGAGCAUGCUGUCCACGUCCAACUACCAUGCUCGGAAGUUCGGCGUUCGGGCCGCCAUGCCUGGAUUCAUAGCCAAAAAACUCUGCCCCGACCUAAUCAUCGUUCCAUGCAAUUUUAAUAAAUAUAAAUCAGUGAGCAAUGAGAUCAGGCAGAUAUUUGCAGAUUAUGAUCCUUUUUUCCAGCCUGUGAGUCUGGAUGAAGCCUAUCUGGACUUUACAGAGCACCUGGAACAAAGGAAGAGCUGGCCAGAGGCCUCACGGACACAUUACUACAGCUCCAGCAGCACGGCUACAGAGGAAUUUGAGCACCCCCAGGAAUCCGAGGUAAAAGGCUUCUCACCCGUGCUGUUUGAGGACAGCCCGAGUUCGUCUGAGGCUUUGUCGGGUUCUGGAGCAGGUGAUGCGACCGGUCCGGCCACUGAGGUUUUUGGGACGUCAGUGGAAGAGGCUGUCAGAGAGAUGCGUUUCCGCAUUGAGCAGAAGACCAUGCUGACUGCAAGUGCAGGCAUUGCGCCAAACAUGAUGCUGGCCAAGGUGUGCAGUGACAAGAACAAGCCCAACGGACAGUACAGACUGCCAUCCGCCCGAGAGGCCGUCAUGGACUUCAUCCAGGACCUCCCAGUUCGCAAAGUGUCAGGCAUUGGAAAGGUGAGCGAGAAGAUGCUGAACUCCCUGAGCAUCAGUAGUUGUGCUCAUCUCGGUCAGCAGAUGGCGUUGUUGUCUUUGUUGUUCUCAGAGACGGCCUGGCAUCACUUCAUGCAGGUGUCCCUGGGUCUGGGCUCCACGCACAUUGUGAGGAAUGAAGAAAGGAAAAGCAUGAGCACAGAAAGAACAUUUAAGGAACUAAACAGGCCUGAGGAGCAAUUCUCGUUAUGCAGAGAACUGUGUGAAGACUUAGCACAAGACCUGAAAAGAGAAGACCUCAAGGGUAAAAACGUCACGCUGAAGCUGAAGAAUGUGAAUUUUGAGGUGAAAACCAGGGCAGUGACGCUGCAGUGCGGCGUCGCCACUGCGGACGAGAUCUUUGCCACGGCCAAAGACCUGCUGAAGACAGAAAUUGACAAUGAAAGUCCACAGGCGCUGAGGCUGAGGCUCAUGGGUGUUCGUAUCUCUGCCUUUGUCACCACGGAUGAUAAAAAGCACCUGCAGAAGAGCAUCAUUGGUUUCCUCCAGCCUGGCAAAGCAGACGCGGGGGGCAACACCCAGGAAAUCCAUCAUCAACACGUUGAAGGGGAUCAUCCGUCAUCUUGUCCUCUCACAGCACAAACAUGUCCGACUAAAAAGGAGCUUCCCUGGCCGUCACAGAAAAAGAGCUUACAGGAAGACCAGACAUGUGAAAGACCUCCACAGUCUUUCUUUCAAAGAGCUCAUGCUAAGAGACUGCAGCUGAACGUUGACUUUGUUACACCCACACAUGCUGAUUCCCAUAAAAGGGCGGAGUCGUCAACAACGAGGGAGGAGCCAAAGAGUAACAUGUCACGUUUAGACAUUGAUGUCCCUUCAGACGCUGGAGCGUCCACAUCGGCUUCAGCAUUGGACAAACUUACCUGUCCCGUGUGUUUCAGGCAGGUGAGCACAGAUGAUUUGAAUGUCUUCAACAGCCAUAUAGACCAAUGUCUCACUAAAGGCUCCAUCGAGCGCCAUAUGUCGGACUCGUCUGACUCGACGGCAACAUCCGAGGUUGAGAUGCACAAAGACACAGUAAAGGACAAUGGACAUGUGAAGUCAAACACCAUGAUCAGUGUUGACGGUGGAACAGUGACCUCGCAGCGUCCUCAGUCAUCUGCUAGGGGAAGUCCCGUCCUCAUCUGCCCGGUGUGUCAGCUGACCCAGGACACGGGUGAUCUCACUAUAUUCAAUCGCCAUGUUGACGUCUGCCUGAACCAGGAAGUGCUGCUUGAGCUGGGAACUUCAUCAGCCUCAGCUGAAGGCACAAAGAGCAACUUGACAGCAGACAGAAGCAUCUUUCCGCCAAAGCACGCGGGGAGAGGUAAAACCAAAAGACAAGACUCAUUGUCAUCGUUGCCCGCCAAAAAGGCCAAAGGUCACAACACCAUUGACAGGUUCUUCAGGUUCUCAAAAUUGCGGACCGUUUCGUGGCGUUGUAGUGAACUUAGUUACUGGAUAAUGGCAGGAACUGGAACAUGCUGUUGUAUACGCCGAUCCACAGCAUCCCAAACAUGCUCAAUGGAUCCUUGCAACAUGAGGUGAUGGUCUCGGGUGAAUGGCACAACAAUGGGCCUUCGGAUCUCAUCACAGAUUUCUCUGGUCCAUAACAUACGCCUGGCCAUACCAUAACCCCACCCCCACCAUGGGCCACUUGAUUCACAACGUUGACAUCAGCAAACCGCUCUCCCACACGACGCCACACACGCCGUCUGCCAUCUGCCCUAAACAGUGAAAACUGGGAUUUAUCCGGGAAGAGAACACCUCUCCAACGUGCGAGACACCAUCGAAUAUACAUUAGUAUACAUACAAUAUGCAUUUGCCACCUCAAGUUGGUUACGACGAUGAGCUGCAGUCAGGUUGACAGCCCGAAGAGGACGACGAGUAUGCAGAUAAGCUUCCCUGAGAUGGUUUCUUCCAGUUUGUGCAGACAUUUUUGAGGGUAUGCACCCAUUGUUGCAGCAGCUGUCCGGGUGGCUGGUCUCAGACGAUCAUGGAGGUGCACCUGCUGGAUGUGGAGGUCCUGGGUUGAUGUGGUUACACCUGGGCCAGUUGGAUGUAUUGCCAGAUUCUUUGAAAUGCCUUAUGGUAACAUUCAAUUCACGGGCAAAGCCCCCUCCCCCUUAAAACUUGCAACAUCUGUGGCAUUGUGCCAUGUGAUAAACCUGCAUAUUUCAGAGUGGCCUUUUAUUGUGAGUAGCCUAAGGUACAUGUGAGAGCCAAAUACACUUGCUGUCUGUCAAAUUGAUGACGUCACUAAAGGGGUUGGCUCCAAGGCCUAGUGCCUGUCUAUUUAGGGAGGAGUCAGGAUCUUGCUCAGGUGUUGCUGAGUAGAGGCGCAACAGUUUUUGACUCUUCCAGGCUAGUGUUUGUUUGCUCCCGUGUAUUUUCUGUUUUUGUACAAAGUGUGUUAUAUAAAUGUGAUUUUAUGAUAUUAAAUAUUUUUGUUAAACAUGGUUACAAUUUUGGACAUCAAUUAUUAGCCGGCUGCACACGUCUGAACUAGCUUCAUUUGUAUUCGGCAACCAGUAGCAGUAAUAGUAUAGGACUUUACCGCUACAAUUAAGUCAAAAACUGUUGCGCCUCUACUCAGCAACACCUGAGCAAGAUCCUACCAUCGGACCAAGCUGCGCGCGUGCGUGCCGUGCGUGGAGGAGGAUGCGGAGUAGCGUUGUGUGUGGUAUGUUUUAGCGGCGCGCCCACUUUAAAAAAAAAAUGGCCAUUGUUAAAUUGUGUGCACACAAAUAUUGGAAAUUCCAAUUUAUUGGUGACUAUUUGACUUGACUUACGCGUGGGUUGACAAACUUUGACUUUUCCAAAUGGAGGAGGAGGAAGCACACGCAUGUGCUGAUGAACAUAAACAGCCACAAGGGGACACUGUGGCUGAACGUGACAAUGUUGGACAAGGGGUUGAAGGGAAAAAACGUGUGGUAAAAAUGACACCAAAAGCUCUAGGUCACAAAAUUGAAAGUUUGCACGGGGAAAGAAAAUCAAAGUUGCAAAGACUCUCAUUACUAAAAGAGGGGGUCAUUGCUGUGAUAAAUGACGAAACACGUUCACAUGAGCUAAAGGAGGAAUUUAGCAGGUUUAUGGAUUUAUAUCAUGAAAUUAGAAAAGUGCACAUAACUUUGUUGUCUCUGUUGCCAGAAUAUGGGAGUACUAAACACAAGACAUGGUACAAAGCAAAAAUGUUGAAUUUUGAUGGUUUUAUUGAAAAGGUUGACAGGUUGAUGUGUUUUAAAGAUGAUGAUGAUGAUGAUGAGGUUGAAAAUAAGGGUUCCGCUGUUGAUGGUUUUGAAAAUGAAAGUGUACAACCCCACGACAGCAUUUCAAAUGUCCCAUCUAUUGUCUUAUCAAAGGUCAUUCAAUCCGCAGUCUCAAACAAAAGCAAAAUGUCUUCCACUUCUUCUGUUCGCAUAAUAGCAGAGGCAGAUAAGGCAACACUUGUCGCCCGUGCUAUUGCUUUAAAAGAGAUCCAUGCAUUAGAGGCGCAGGCAGCAGCUCUAAAGAGGGAACAAGAUGAGCAGGCAGCAGCUCUAAAGAGGAAACAAGAUGAGCAGGCAGCAGCUCUAAAGAGGGAACAAGAUGAGCAGGCAGCAGCUCUAAAGAGGGAACAGGAGGAACAAGCAGAGGCCAUAAGAAGAAAAAAGGGAGCAAAUGGAGUUGGAUGCUCAAAUAGCAGCCCACAAUGCUAAAUUGUCUGUCCUCCAUGAAGACAGCGUUUCUGGCAGAAGCCAAAAGUCUGAUGGAAUGGAGUCCUAUUAUAGGCAAAGGACAAAACCGAAAAAAAUGCCUGCUCCGCCUGUACAACAACUUCAGCCAUCUCUUAAAGCUGCUCCUUCAGAGCUUCACACAGCCAAGAAUGCCCCAAACAAGGUCCAUUCACACCCUCAACCAAACAAACAACCUCUUCGCUCAUCAACUUUGGAUCCUGUGGAAAACCAAUCAAGGCAACAUUUACCUCAAGAAUUUCAAGCAUUUCAAGGCAACACAAUACCAGGUGAAUUACACACUGUAUUACAGAGGCAAAAUGAAAUGAUGACACUCCUGGUUCAAGUACAAACCUCCCAAUUACUUCCACACAGACAAAUUCCGUUUUUUGAAGGUGACCCAUUGCAGUUUCAGGUUUUCAUAAAAGCUUUUGAAUAUUGUAUAGAGGCAAAAACCAAUGAUCGUGGUGACUGCUUAUACUAUCUGGAACAGUUUACCAAAGGACAGCCCAGAGAGUUGGUGCGCAGUUGCCUCUAUAUGCCUACAGAGAGAGGUUAUGCUACAGCAAAACGCCUACUAAGGGAACACUUUGGAAAUCCUUCAAAAAUAACAGCAGCCUACCUGGACAAAAGUAUGGUAUGGCCAAACAUCAAGUCUGAAGAUGUAAAAAAUCUCCAAGCUUUUGCACUGUACUUGUGAGAAUGCGCCAAUGCCAUGGAUGAGCUGCAGUACUUGGACGAGCUCAACAUGCCAGCUAGCAUGAAGAUGCUCAUACAAAAGCUUCCAUACAAAUUAAGGGACCAGUGGAGAGGAAAAGCAGCUGACAUUGUUGACCAACAAAAGAGACGUGCUUGUUUCACAGACAUUGUUAAAUGUAUUGAACAGCAGGUCAGAAUUGCUUCAGAUCCUGUCUUUGGCGACAUUCAGGACAUCCCUCGAAAUAAAACAAUAACCAAACCCAAGCCUAUACAUCAAAGCAAAUCACAGUUCAGAAGGAACAGUUUCGCAACUCAGGUGGCAGUUGCCACUAGACAUAAACCGGCUCCACACCUGAAUACAUUUGUGAACACCUCCAAGACAAACUCUAUUUCCUGUCUUUUCUGUAAAAGUGAACAUGCAUUGGAGCACUGUCCGAUACUGGAAAAUAAGGCACAUAGGGAAAAGCUUGACUUUCUAAAAGAAAAAGGCCUGUGCUUUGGUUGCCUGUGCACAGAGCACCUGAGCAAGAGUUGCGACAGGCAUAUCACUUGCUCUUACUGCAACAAGACGCAUCCCAAAGUGCUACAUAUUAACAGGAGGCAUCUGGAAAGUGGAGAAAAUAGCCAACUUCCAAAAGUAAAAGCAGAUAUUUACACUAUAUCAUCAACUUGUGGCCAUACAGGGGCUGGCAAAUAUGGAAUUUUACCUAUCCUGCCCGUUCAAGUGAAGUGCUUAAAGGGCAGCAAGAUAAUCCAGACAUAUGCUUUCCUAGAUCCAGGAAGCACAGGGACUUUCUGUUCUGAACAAUUAGUGAACAGGCUGAACACAGAAGGCCGAAAAACAAAAAUCCACUUGCGCACCAUGGGGCACAGUAAGGUGGUCCCGAGCAGCAUUGUAAAUGGUCUGGAAAUCUCUGAGCUUACUUGUAGUAAGUUUUUUGAGCUUCCUGAUGUCUUCACUCAAAGACAGAUGACCGUGUACACAAACAAUCUGAUUAGUGAGGCAGAACUUGAUAGGUGGCCUUACCUCCAAGGCAUUAAAAUUCCUCGGAUAACUGCCAACGUGGACCUGUUAAUUGGUACCAACGCCUCAAAGUUAAUAGAACCACGGGAGGUGAUUAACAGCCACGGAGAUGGACCUUAUGCUGUCAGAACCCUAUUGGGGUGGGUGAUUAAUGGGCCAUUACAAGGCAAUGACAAGCAUAAUGGGAGCCCCACAGUUACUGUUAACCGCACAAUCGUUAACAGUUUGGAGGAACUGCUUAUGAACCCGUACAUGCAUGAUUUCAAUGAGCAGGGACCCAAAGAUCAAGAGGAUAUGUCAAAAAAGGGAAAGAACCCCAAGCCAGAGAAGCCCAGCAGGAAGACACCAAAAAGAAAACGGUGCGCAGAUGAGAGUGACGAUGAAAGAAAAGUCGGUCGAAGGCGAACAAUACGCCAGGCAGUCUCCAAGGCCGUGUCUAAACAGCGGGAAAUCCUUCUGGGUGACGGAGGCCGUGAGGAGGAAGAGCAGGAUGACCCAGAGGAAGCUUACCUGCAUCCUGAUGAGUCUAGCAGUGAUGAAGACUUCAUGGUGGAAGAUGACGAAGACAGCGACUAUGGCAAGUCCAAAAAGAGAAGAGUUCCCCGAAAGAAGAGGAAGAAAACGACCCCGAGAGUCCUUUGGGAGAAGAAGAGGAGGAAACUGAGAAGAAAAAAAGUUCUCCUACCCCCAAGGUGAUGAAGAAAGCUGAUGGCAAGGAGUAGGAAAAGAAGACAGCUACAGUCUACAUGUACUUUUGGUAAUAGAUCACCAGUAUUGGAUGUGCAUAAGGAAAUGCAGGCUAUGAAUGGCGGCAGAGUCAAUAUAUCUCUGACCAUUUUUGGAACAGGUGGUUUCAUGAAUAUUUACCGUUGCUACAAGAGCGACAAAAGUGGACAAAUGAAAAAAGUUUGUCUGCAAACAAAAACGAUUAUCAUCUAAAAACCUGUUACUAAGAUAUGCCAUCUAUGUGAAGGUAUGGAGUAAAUUACCUGUAUUAUUGCAAAAGGGAACAUGAAAACCAAAGAAAGAGGUGUUUGUUUUGGUAUUACGGCUCUAUUUUUGUUUUAUUUAUACCAAAUUAAAUUGCUCUGUUCAUCACGCCAGUAGCAAUUAGGGACUGGUGUGUUAGAGCCAAAUACACUUGCUGUCUGUCAAAUUCAUGACGUCACUAAAGGGGUUGGCUCCAAGGCCAAGUGCCUGUCUAUUUAGGGAGGAGUCAGGAUCUUGCUCAGGUGUUGCUGAGUAGAGGCGCAACAGUUUUUGACUGUGCCAGGCUAGUGUUUGUUUGCUCCCGUGUAUUUUCUGUUUUUGUACAAAGUGUGUUAUAUAAAUGUGACUUUAUGAUAUUAAAUAUUUUUGUUAAACAUGGACACAAUUUCGGACAUCAAUUAUUAGCCGGCUGCACACGUCUGAACUAGCUUCAUUUAUAUUCGGCAACCAGUAUCAGUAAUAGUAUAGGACUUUACCGCUACAGUACACCUGUGCAAUAAUCAUGCUGUUCAAUUAGCAUCUUGAUAUAUUACACCUGUGAGGUUGGAUGGAUUAUCUUGGCAAAGAAGAAAUGCUCACUAACACAGAUUUAGAUGGAUUUGUGAACAUUAUUUGAGAGGAAUAGGUUCUUUGUGCGUAAAGUAAAAGUUUUAGAUCUUUGAGUUCAACUCAUGAGAAAUGGGAGCAAAAAUUUAAGUUUUUAGUUGUUUAGUUUAAUAAAUACACAUUUACAGGGCAGCCAAAACUGUGAUGUGAGGCUCAGUGAAAAUGAGUUGGCCAGCCUCAAAUAUGAGUUUGAGUUUGAGUUUGAGUUUGAGUUUAUUUCGAACAUGCAAGCAUACAACAUGAUACAUCACAAUUUCCAGUUUCUCUUUCCAACAUGUUCGAAAAGGAGGAGGAAGAAGCAGAGCUUAUUUAAUCCUACCCCUUUUCUUUACAUAACAGUUGCUAAAACUUUUGUUCACUUCCUGUUCUCAAUGUAUUCACAAUGUAUACUCCAUAAGUAAUAAGUAAUCACAAUACAAAUAAAUAAAUAAAUAAAUAAUUGCUUAAAUUUUAAUCCAUACGAUGAGAUAAAUCAGAUUACUUUGAAAAUGAAUGUGUGAGUAAAAUCAGAAUGUUUAUCAUGGUUCUUCAUUUUUGUACUUUGUUAACACUUCCAGUUUGAAGAGUUUCUUGAAAUGGAUCAUAUUAGUACAUUGUUUGAUUGCUUUGCUUAAUCCAUUCCAUAAUUUAAUUCCACAUACUGAUAUACUGAAGGUUUUAAGUGUUGUACGUGCGUACAAAUGUUUUAAAUUACAUUUUUCUCUAAGAUUAUAUUUCUCUUCUUUUGUUGAGAAGAAUUGUUGUAUAUUCUUGGGAAGCAGGUUAUAGUUUGCUUUGUGUAUAAUCUUAGCUGUUUGCAAUUCCACUAUGUCGUGGAAUUUCAGUAUCUUUGAUUCAAUAAAUAAAGGGUUUGUAUGUUCUCUAUAUCCAACAUUAUGUAUUAUUCUAACUGAUCUUUUUUGUAACACUGUUAGUGAAUGAAGUGUACUUUUGUAAUUAUUUCCCCAUAUUUCUACACAGUAACUCAGAUAUGGUAACACUAGUGAGCAGUAGAGAAUAUAAAGUGAUUUUUGGUCUAGAAAAUAUUUGGCUUUAUUCAUUAUUGAUGUAUUUCUUGCAACUUUAUGUUGUAUAUUUUUUACAUGAGAUUUCCAGUUCAAUUUAUCAUCAAUCAUUAUACCUAGAAAUUUGGUUUCAUUUACUCUUUCAAUUUCUAUUCCGUCUAUUUGUAUUUGUGUUUGACUUUCUUUUCUACUGUUACCAAAUAGCAUUAUUUUAGUUUUACUGAGAUUCAAUGAUAGUCUGUUUUUGUCAAACCAUUUUUUUAAUUUGUUCAUUUCUUCUGUUAUUAUUUGUAUUAUCCACUGUGUGUUCUCUCCUGAACAAAAGGCUGUUGUAUCAUCCGCAAAUAAUACUAACUUUAAAUCUCUUGUAACUUUACAAAUGUCAUUUAUAUAGAGAUUGAAUAAUUUAGGUCCCAGUAUUGAUCCCUGAGGUACACCACAGGAAAUAUUUAGCAUUGUAGAAGUAUGUUCGCCUAGCUUCACGUAUUGUUUCCUGUUCGUUAGAUAACUUCUUAUCCAAUUUAAGACUAACCCUCUGAUGCCAUAUCGUUCCAGUUUUUUUAUUAAAAUAUUGUGAUUAAUUGUGUCAAAUGCUUUAGUUAGAUCCAUAAACACUGCUGCCGCACAUUUUUUAUUAUCUAUUGCAUUGGUAAUUUCUUCUGUGAUUUCAAUUAAAGCCAUUGAAGUUGAAACAUUA